AUGAGAUUCCUAAGGUUGUUAUUAAUAAUAAGUUUCGGUAUAAUACUGACCAUAAACACGGUCAUUUGUUCCAAUGAUAAUUUGAAAAUUAUUCGUUUACCGAACAACACGAUACCAUUUUAUUAUAAGAUUAAUUUGAUAAUACCGUAUCUCGAGGAAAUCGACCCUGUCUUUUAUGGUGAAUCUAUCAUCGAAAUCCUAAUUUAUUAUGCAACGAAAAACAUAAGCUUACAUUCAAGAGGAUUAGAAAUAAAAGAAAUGGAGACAACAUUGUUUGAACACAAGUCUUAUACAUUUUUUAAACCAAUAAAACAUUCUUAUGACAAUGUAACGAAUAUUUUAAUACUUCAUUUCGAGAAUACAUUAUGGCCUGGCGCUCACACACUUAACAUGAAAUUUUCUGGUAUUAUAUUUGAGACUAAUCUUGUAAGAGGUUUUAUGAAAUUUCCGUACACAAAUGAAGAAGAUAAAAAAAACGGCACAAUGGCUGCAACAUAUUUCGAACUGAAUGGAGCCAGGGAAGUGUUUCCGUGUUGGGACGAGCCAGAGUUGAAAGCCAUCUUCGACAUCCAUGUAAUGCAUCAUCAGAAAUACUUGGUAUUGUCAAAUGGGAAAAUGAAAGAGCAAGUGAUGGGAAAAGAUGACAUGAUACAAACACGUUUUGCCUCCACUCCUCAAAUGUCCACUUAUCUUGUGGCGAUUGUUGUAAUCCCUAAAUGUGAUUUUUAUCAUCGUUCUAACUAUAAUCAGACUAUCAAUGUAUGGUACAGUUCAUCUUUGUUAUCGAAAGUAACAUUCAUUUACAAUAUUGCUGAAAAAGUCAUACCUUUUAUGACUCAGUAUACCAACAGAUCCCAGGAGGUACAGAAAAUAGAUCAUGUUUUGAUAUCGAAUUUUCCAGUUGUUGGUAUGGAAAAUUGGGGACUCAUCACUUACAAUGAAUUUGAUGCUAUCUAUAAUGAUAAUAAACAUUCAAUAUAUGAGAAAAUAAAAGUAGCAAAUAUAGUAACAUUUGAACUUGUACAUCAAUGGUUUAAUUUGGUUACUCCAACUUGGUCUUACCUAUGGUUAAAAGAGGGAUUUGCUACUUUUUUAGAAUUGUACAUCAUCGCCAAGAUUUUUGAAGAUUGGCGAAUUAUGGAUCUUUUUGUGAUUUGGACCUUACAAACUUGUAGGAUAGAUGUUGGCUCAUUGAACUCUGUCACAUUGAUACCGAACAGUACUUUUGACGAUAUGUCGCAAUAUUCUAUGGAAUUUUAUGGAAAAGCUCCAGUUUUAUUACGCAUGUUACAUCAUAUAGUUACUGAUAAGGUAUUCCAAAAGGGUCUCAUCACGUAUUUGGCCAACCAUCAAUAUAGUUCGACCACUCCGGAUGAUUUGUGGAUCGCCAUUCAAAGUGCUCUCGAUGUAUCUGAUGUCCCUAACAGCCAUUACAGAAUAAAGGAAGUGAUGGAUACAUGGAUAAACCAAAACGGUUAUCCUGAGGUGGAUGUGCGGUGGAUUUACAACGAAGAUAAUAACGCAAUAUCAUUAUCUCAAAAAUGUAUUUACAAACAAAAAAGUAAUGAAUGUUUUAAUAAUACAUGUAUUAAUAAUACGUGUACUAAUAAAUGGUGGAUACCCAUAACUUUCGCUACGAGGUCCAAUCCGAAUUUUUCCAGUACUGUACCCACCAUAUUCUUACGACCAGAUGAAAUUAUUUCGUACUAUAUCCCUAAUCCAGAAGAUUGGAUUAUUGUCAAUAUACAACAAAUUGGAUACUAUCGUGUCACUUAUGAUAUUUCUAAUUGGAAAAAAAUUUCAUAUUACUUAAAUUUUGAGAAUUACACGAAUAUACACUUUCUUAAUCGUGCUCAAGUCAUCAGCGAUUUAUUUGCCUCUGUGCUGAAUGAACAAAUAAAUGGAUCCGUCUUCGUUAGUCUUAUAAAAUAUCUAAGUCGAGAGGAAGAUAUUGUGGUAUGGCAUUCAAUGUUCCCAAUUAUACAACGAUUGUGGAAAUAUUUUUUUCUGCCAGAGGCAGCACCUAUCAAGACAACCAUAACAUCACUCCUUGGCAGUUUUCUUCAGAAAAUAGGCUUCUCAGAAAGUUCUCAUGAUGACGAUAUGAUAAAACUGGCAAGGCUAGAUACCAUAAAAUGGGCAUGUACUCUCGGUGACCAAUAUUGCAGGAAUGAGGCAGUCAUCAAAUUAAACGAACAUGUCAUGAAUCCUAAUGUUUACAAAUUUCCAAGAUGGAAGCAAAAAUUUAUGUACUGUGUUGGUUUGAUGACAGCCAAUAACACUACUUGGCAUGAAACAUUGAAAUUAUAUCAACGUAAAUAUCUAAAAAGACAAAAAUUUAAAAACAAUUUAAAGGAAUAUCUAACGAGGGAACAAUUUAUAAAACUCUUGUUGAAAGGAUUAAGUUGCACUGAAGAUUCUAAAAUCAUUAUUGACUUCUUACAUAUUAUGACAUUCAGGAAAUUUUUUAACGAAAAGGAACAUUAUUUUGCCAUCCUGUGUAUUCUCGAGAAUCAUUCGCACAACAAUUUGAUCCUUAACUACAUAUUAAACCAUUUUAAGACUAUAAAACCUAGGUCAAUGACUAUAACUGCAUUAGUAACAAUUAUUCUUUCAAAUGUUUAUUCUCAUCAACAAAUUUAUAUGGUAAAUGAAUUUGCUAAAAAUAAUAUUCGAGAUUUUAGAAUUUGGAAUAAAAUUGAAGAAAUGAUACAAAAACAUAUAGAUAUGCUCAAGGCUAACAUAGACACAUUUCACAGGCAAUUUAAACAAUAG